GGGGACUAGGCCUGGGCGGGCCGAGUAGCGGAGGGUAGUCCUCCGCAGUCGCAGGGCCCAGUCGGCUCACGGCACUGUCUCCCUUCCUUCCUCCGCCCGCAGGAGCCGGGGGCGCCCAUGGCGGGCUUGGAGGUACUGUACGCGUCGGCGGCGCCGGCCAUCACCUGCGCGCAGGACGCGCUCAUCUGCUUUCUGCACUGGGAGGUGGUGACGCACGGCUACUACGUCUUGGGUGUCGGCGACCAGCCAGGUCCCAAUGAUAAGAAAUCAGAACUGCUGCCGGCCGAAUGGAGUAGCAAUAAAGACCUGUAUGUCCUCCGGUAUGAGUCUAAGGAUGGGUCCAGAAAGCUCCUUGUGAAGGCUGUCACCGUGGAGAACAGCAUGAUCAUUAAUGUGCUGGAAAGUGGGUCACAGCAGGUAUCAGAUUUGACCCUGAAUUUGGAUGAUUAUAUCGAUUCAGAACACCUGGCUGACUUCCACAGGACCUACAAGAACAGUGAGGAACUUCGGUCUCGCAUUGUGUCUGGAAUCAUCACACCUAUCCAUGAGCCCUGGGACAAGGCUAGCGUCAGCAGUCCCCACCAGGAGUUUCCACCUGCCACUGCCAGAGAGGUGGACCCCCUCCGAAUUCAGCCACAGCACCCACACACGAGCCGGCAGCCUUCCUGGUGUGAUCCCCUGGGCGCGUUUGCUGUCGGGGGAGAGGACCUGGACCCCUUUGGGUGUCGGAGAGGUGGCAUGAUUGUGGAUCCCCUGAGGUCUGGCUUCCCAAGAGCACUCAUUGACCCAUCCUCGGGCCUCCCAAACCGUCUUCCUCCAGGCGCUGUGCCCCCAGGAGCACGCUUUGACCCCUUUGGACCCAUUGGGACCAGCCCAUCUGGACCUAACCCAGACCAUCUCCCCCCGCCGGGCUUCGAUGACAUGUACCUGUGAAGGCCUCAAGAAUGUAACAGCCCAGCCUUCCCUCCACUGUCCUGGAGCUGCCGCCGCUGGCCCCAUCAGCAACCGUGUUCUUGCGGGCUGGGGGCAAGGGACCCUGCCCAUGUGUUUGCGGGCCGGCUGAGAUCGCCUCCCCACCCCCUGUCAGAGCCAAGGCACCUGCUGCAGCUCUCCACCUGGCUGCAUAUAGGUCCCAAAGAGACAUCAUUGUGUCUUUCUCCCCACCAGCUCCCCCACACUUCUCAAGGGAGACUCCGGCAACAUCUCCCCCCGGCCCGAUGCUGUCCCAGCUGCAGCGCUAUAAGAACAGAACGCAUUUUGGAUGUUAUUAUAAGAACCAAAUGUCAAUACAAA